AUGAAAACAACAAAAAGCGCGCACAAGGACAUCUACUGGUUCAGACAAGCUCAUGGUAAAGAUAUUGUAUUUUGGAUGUUACAAUGUCUUAGUUUCUGUUCCAACAGCCGUGGGAGGUGGCGACUAUUUAUUAACAUAAAGAUCCAGUCACAUGUCGAAACGCUCUGGCUUAGGUGUGGUAUGUUAUAUUUGUCCAGCUACUUAACUAGAAGUAAGAUCACUAGCGAAGAGUUAUCAAAACCUUUAAAAUUGUCAAAGCCAUCUUUGGAUAGUGAUGAAGAAGACUAUAACGAUAAAGAUUGUUUCCGAUUACAUGAAGCAGAUAUAGAUGGUCAGGAAGCUACGACUUUAGAGUAUGAUGAUGAAGUUAAAAUAACUCCAUUUAACAUGAAAGAAGAGCUUGAGGAAGACGGUCACUUCGAUUCCGCUGGCACUUUCAUUUUCAAGAAACAAGUUGAUGCUCGUGAUAAUUGGUUAGAAGAUAUUAAUUGGCUAGAAGUCAAGAAAAACCAGGAAAAGAAUUCAUUGAAAGACACAUCGAUAAGCGAUGAACUCGGCGGGAAAGUGCUAAGUAAAGAGGAGAAACUCGCUUUGUACCAAGAACUCUUAUCUUAUUUACAACCUUCUGAGACCGUUCUGCGCAGUAUCAGACGUAUGGGUGCCUGUUCAGAUGCUAAGAAGUCCGCUUCAGCCAGCCAACGCUGGCUACGAAAUAAAAAUCCGAAAACUAAAACUGAGACCGGCAAUCCAGAAGGAUUAAUUCGUGUUACUGAAUUAGCUGACCAACUUGUUCAAGGCGGAGAUUUUGAUGUUUAUCAAAAAACAUUCGACGAUAUAAAAAAACUGAUAGAAUGUACAAAACAAUUCGCAGCAGAUGAUGAACUUGAAGUCCUCGGUCAGGCAUUUGAUGAAAAGCAAGCUGACGAUAAAGGUGGAAUCAAAUCAACUGAAGAACAUGAUGGCAGUAAUAAUAAUACCUCAGUCAUGUGGCAUUUAAAACGUUCAAAUAAACCAAAUACAGAAAUUGAAGGACCAUACACAUCUGAACAAUUAAAAGUGUGGCUUCAAGAUGGAACAUUUAAUGACGAUGACAAUAUUUUAAUACGUGAAUCAACGAAGUCUGAUGGACAAUUCUAUAACAUCACACGUAUUGACUUUGAUUUGUAUGAAUGA